UUACGUAAAUCCGUAAUUCAUAAAAACAUGUGGCUUGUCGCCGUGUGAGCGCAUGGUGGAUAAAAUUCGUUUGUAUGUACGUUAUUAGUGCAAUAGUACGCGUUUAAAACACAAAUAGAUGUGUUUACAACAAUUGUCGAAAAUUGUGAAUAUUAUAUAGAGUGAAAGCUACAUUUAUCAAAAUGUCUGUGGUAUCUUCAAGAGUCAGUAGUGUGUCAUCUAUAAUAAAAGCUACUGGGAUUAGAACGCAACUCAACAAACAAUACAGCAGAAUACAGUACUUGAAACUGCCUAAAGAUAUUAAAAGUAUAUUAUGUAAUUUUAAAACCGGUAAUGGGAUUAAAGAAUAUGAAAAAUUGAUAUAUUCACUUAAAGAAGAUGCUGUAAAGGAUAAUGAUUUAGCAGAAUUUUUAUCUGAGGCAAGACAAUGCGUAUCUUUAUUAGAUAUUAGAUAUGAUUUGUUUGUUCAAAUUCUUCUUCGGAUUCAAUGGACAACUAAAUCACCAGAAGUGAUUUCUGCUUAUAAACUCUUUUUACAAGAUUUAGUGUGUAUGCAAACAGUCUAUAUAAAAACUGUAAUAAAUUCUUUGAUUCAGUUGUUUAAAUCAGUUGAAGAUAACAAUUCAGAACGUAAGCCUGGAGAGUUUAAAGAUGAAGAUAUAGAAAAACUAAAUCAUAUACAUGACAUAUUACAUAAAAUUUUGGAAGUAGUACCAAUGUCAAGCCAAGUUUUACUACAAUCUCUGUCAUCACAAUUUCCAUAUAUUGCACAUGGCACUUAUACACAUGAAAUUUAUAUGUAUGCAUUAUUACAAAUAUUAAAUUAUGCACCUCAACUUAGAUCAGACAUUCUAUCCUUAAUUAUUAAUAGGUUGACAAUAUUAGAUGUCAAUAUACCUCGUAAAGAAGCAAGUGAUGAUGAAACAGAUGAUGUAAUGGACGAUUGUAUUAAUGAAACAGUUGACGGUGACGAUCCGACAACAGUAAAUAAUGACGUAGACAAAAUAGACAAAAUAAAAAAUGACCCUUUAAUUAUGCAUACAAUGGACACGUGCAUGGAAUUAUUUUUUAAGUACAUGCACGAGUUCUGUUUUGUAAAUGGCGUUCUACAGAUAGAAUCCCUGAGAAUAUUAUACGUCGAUAUUCUCCGAACAUUCGAAACAGUAAUAUUACCUACGCACGCCAGUCAAUAUGUGCAAUAUAUUAUGUUCUACAUUUGCAGCUUCAAAGCCAUAGUUGCGGAGACUUUCAUAGAUUGGUUAUGGCGUAAAGUAAUCGAUCCAAAUGUAGCACCAGUUCUACGGCAAUCGGCUGUUUGUUAUAUUUCUAGUUUGCUCGCUACCGCAUCAUUUAUUUCUUCUGGAUUAGUGAAGCUGACAAUGUCCAAAUUGAUAACAUGGAUACGCAAUUAUAUUAAUAUACAAGAAUAUUCGGAAUAUAUCGAUGAUGACACGAAACGACAUGCCGUGUUUUACUCUGUGUGUCAAGCUUUCUUUCAUUUAUUUAUCGUGAGACAUAAAGAAUUUGUUAGUUCAAAAAAUGGUAUAUUAUUUCUUCAAGAACUUGAUAUACCGAGGGUCGUUACUUGUAGAUUAAAUCCUUUGAAAAUAUGCAACUCUAAAAUAGUUCAUAGUUUUGCCGAUAUUACAAACAGAUAUCAACUUGCUUAUUGUUGCAUUAUAAUUGAAAACAAUGAACGCAAUCAAUUGCCUAUUUUUGGAAUGAAAACCCACUUGCCUGUUUUACUUUCUAAUUUUUUCCCCUUUGAAUCUUAUACAUUACAGCAUAGCAGACAGAGAAUAGUUUCCCUAUUUCAUAAUAAUGUAGCAGAUGCUGAUAGUCGUUCGAUUAAAAGAUACGAAUAAAAAUAUAAAAAUAAAUUAUGGUGCUAUAUUUAAAGCAAUACGGAUAACAUCUCAAAAUAUUUGUUGAGCGGGUGUUAAUACAUUAUUGAAUAAUUAAUUAAUACAUUAAUACAUUUUUGAAGUUGUGCAAAUUUGCAUCAAGAUCUAUUCAGAUACAUUCGUUGGAUAAUGAUUCAUCCCAACUUAUAUGAGACUAUAUCAAAUAAACUUGCAUGGCAAUAUAAUGCAAUGUUCUUCGUGAAAUCGAUUAAUCAUGUGUCUAGAAAAGAUGUGCAUAUAUGCAUUAUACAUGAGUUUGUAUAUGUAUUAAAAAUUAUCCGCUGCGUAUAAAUUUGAUUUAAAUGUACAUCACCGACGAGAUAUACAAUGGCUCUCUGUAUUGUAUAAUUCUGUUUGUUAUAGAAUAUUCAUGGAUUGUAAAAAAUAAAAUGAUAUAUAUAUAUAUAUAUAUAUAUAUAUAUAUAUAUAUAUAUAUAUAUAUAUUAACUAAAGCUGACUCUGAUAUAAAAUUAUAA